GUUAAAUUGAAAUAAAUCCCUCCUCUUCUCUGUUCACAAAAUCCUCGCGCCACAAAACCCUAGCUGAACGGAAGAAGCUCACUAGCAAACAAUGGAGGGGAGGUUGAAUAAUAUGUGGAGGUUGACUGUGAAUGAGAGCAAAUUCGUUGAAUCUGCGUUGCAAUCUGAGCUCAGAGUCGAUGGUCGUGGCCUUUAUGAUUACCGCAAGCUUACUAUUAAGUUUGGCAAGGAAUAUGGCAGCUCACAAGUUCAACUGGGUCAGACUCAUGUAAUGGCUUUUGUGACUGCUCAGCUAGUACAACCUUACAAAGACAGACCUAGUGAAGGCUCCUUCUCUAUCUUCACCGAGUUUUCUCCAAUGGCUGAUCCAUCGUUUGAGCCAGGGCAUCCUGGUGAAUCUGCUGUUGAGCUUGGCCGUAUUAUAGACCGUGCUCUACGAGAAAGCCGUGCAGUAGAUACAGAGUCGCUUUGUGUUCUAGCCGGAAAGCUGGUUUGGUCUGUUCGCAUUGAUCUUCACAUUUUGGACAAUGGAGGGAACUUGGUUGAUGCUGCUAAUGUUGCUGCCUUAGCCGCACUCAUGACUUUCAGGAGACCUGAUUGCACUGUAGGAGGGGACAACAGUCAAGACGUGAUCAUACAUCCACCCGAAGAAAGGGAACCACUUCCUUUGAUAAUACAUCAUCUCCCAAUAGCCUUCACGUUUGGAUUUUUUAAUAAAGGCAGUAUCUUGGUGAUGGACCCAACUUACGUUGAAGAAGCUGUUAUGUGUGGGAGAAUGACUGUGACAGUCAAUGCCAAUGGCGAUAUAUGCGCAAUCCAAAAACCAGGAGAAGAAGGCGUGAACCAGAGUGUAAUCCUUCAUUGCCUGCGUCUUGCUUCUUCAAGAGCUUCUGCAACAACAAAGAUAAUUAGAGAUGCAGUAGGGUUUCGUAAUCCGGAGCGUUUUCCUUUUUAGAUUGAUUUCUAUUGAUUUAAGGAUUUGAUUUUGUUGUGCUUUGUUUUCAUGGUGUAGGUUGAAGCAUACAACCGUGAGAGGAGCUCACAGAAGGUGAAGCGGCAUCAUACUUUGGCUAAGUCUGAAGUUUUGGGACCUAUUGUAGUUGUGUAGGAAGAGACAUAAAUAAAACAUUUGCUGUGGUCGUCGAUUGUAAAUAAAGAUUUUAGUUGUAGAAAUCUUAUCAGCAACACUAAGCUAUAAAAACGUCGAUAUGAUCAAGACAUGUUGAGACUUCUCGCACUUAAAUAGAUGACUAGUCUCAACUCUUCC